UAACCUUUUUCGCAAUUUUGAUAAUUUCAGAAAAAGAAAAUGGCGGAUGCUAAAGAAGAAACCUCUCCGGAGCACAUUAAUCUUAAGGUGAUGGGACAGGACGGUAACAUCGUACAGUUUAAGAUCAAGAAGCAUACUGCCCUCAAGAAACUCAUGUCGACAUACUGCGAGAGAGCAGGCCUAGCACUUCAGACGAUUCGGUUCUCCUUCGACGGAACUCGAAUUAACGAGAGCGAUACACCUAAGUCUCUGGAGAUGGAAGAUGGGGAUACCAUCGAGGUAUUCCAGCAGCAGAGUGGAGGAAGGAGAUUUACAGAUACCUGCACUACCUUACAGUGUACAGAUACCUGCAGCACUGUACAGUGUACAGUUAACUGCAGUACCUACAACAUGUCACACGCACAAGUCACAUGUGAGUCCAGUUCAAUGUAAACCUGAUGUACGCUGUACUCCUCUGAUCUACUGUAUGAUGUGUACUACACAACUUUGUACUCUACUCUACUCAGUUCCCUAGUAUUCUUCUACUGUUUUGUACUCUGUACUUAACUAUUCCUCCAAGACCCACCCCUCAUUAAAACUUAAAACAUGUAACUUUUCCGCUCUACUCAACAAAAUCUCGUUUCAAACUUGAUUUUUUCUUUCUCUUAGAUUUAAUGAAUAGCGAGUUGAAGCUGAACUGUGCACACGUAGUUCAACUACUUUCUUUUGCGCCAGUUCAACCUCAAAAAAGUGGUUGAACCACGUCUGUCCGGUUCAACCGUGUCUUUCUCUUUGUUAAAUUUUGUCCCAGCUAAUUUUUUUCUUCAAUUUUAUUUUUUUCUAUCUUAAGUUCAACUUUUUGCGCAAUAUUUGCGUGACCUCGCAUUUGAAUCUAUUAGAGUUAUACAAUGUCCAUUAAAAAUCAGGAAAUAAUAAGUUAAAAUAUUUCAUUUAAAAAGAUACUUGCUUCUUUGUUUGUUUGUUUUUAUGCGUGAGGGGGGGGGGCAUGAUUUCAGGUCAAUAUGUUUCUUGUAAAAGCCCUGGAAAAUCUUUUUUAAAACCGUACCUCAAACCUUGUAGUAUUGCUGUUUUCAAACUAUUAGCACCUCUGUGUCUCAUAAACUUAGAAUUAUUUUUUAGUCACACUAAAAUGUAAUCAUUCAUAAAUCCCUGAUUUUUAGUUUCCUUGACUGAAGCGUUUUCGUAAACACUUUUAUUGGGCUUAUUGACCAUCUCUUGUUAGCUGGCGCGGGGGAGGGGGGGGGGGGGUUUGUUUAUAAAAUGAUAAUAAACAAGAUGAUGGAGGAAAUACUUUUAGUUCAAACUUAACUUUCUCCUAUUUACUAUUAAAACAAAGUAAUCAUCGAAACUAUCUUUUUGCAUGUGAUCUUUUAAAAUUAACAUCUACAUUUAAUUUUCUGAUAUUUGAAAAAGUACUAUUUUAUGAC